GGGCUGCCAUAAUAAAGUAGGAGGCAUUACUUUUGGAGCAACCCUCAGAGUUACAGUUAAAUGUUGUAAAUACUGUUGUUUCAGACUCAGAAUGAUUUCAUGGUGAUCUGCAAUGUUGCAAAAAUCUUAGAGCUUGUAGUGCCACUAAUGGAGCACCCAAGUGAGACUUUCCUUGCCACUAUUGAGGAAGACCUCAUGAAACUCAUCAUCAAAUACGGCAUGGCGGUUGUUCAGCAUUGUGUGAGCUGUCUUGGGGCUGUUGUGAACAAGGUUACUCAGAACUAUAAAUUUGUGUGGGCCUGUUUUAAUAGAUACUAUGGCGCACUUUUAAAAUUAAAAAGUCAACACCAAGAAGACCCCAACAGUACAGUACUUACUGCCAAUAAACCAGCACUGCUUAGAUCACUUUUCACUGUUGGAGCACUAUGUCGGCAUUUUGAUUUUGAUCAGGAAGAUUUUAAAGGCAACAGUAAGGUUAACAUUAAGGAUAAAGUGCUUGAACUGCUGAUGUAUUUUACAAAGCAUUCAGAUGAAGAAGUACAGACAAAAGCCAUUAUUGGACUGGGUAAGAAAUAUUAAUAGUCCUUAUUAUUC